AUGUCAACUGAACAAGCUUUAUCAUAUGCUGCUUUAAUUUUAGCUGAUGCUGAUAUUACUCCAAAUGCUGAACAAUUAUUAAAAUUAGUUCAAACUGCCAACGUUGAAGUUGAAGGUAUUUGGGCUGAUUUAUUUGCUAAAGCUUUAGAAGGUAAAGAUUUAAAAGAAUUUUUCUUUAACUUCUCAGCUGGUCCUGCUGCUGCCCCAGCUGCCGGUGCUGCUGCCGGUGGUGAUGCUGCUGCUGGUGGAGAAGAAGCUGCUGAAGAAAAAGAAGAAGAAGCUAAAGAAGAAUCAGAUGAUGAUAUGGGAUUCGGUUUAUUCGAUUAA